GAAAGGGGGCGGGGCCUGGACCCCAGGCCGCGCUGCAGGAGCGGGAGGGAGACGGUGAUGGCCGCCAUGACAGCGCCCGGCGACCGUCAGGUGUUCCUCAGAGCCCGGGACAGAGGCUUCGCGGGACUGACUGCAGAGGAAGAUAGUGAAUGGAAGGGACCUUUCUACUUUAUUCAAGGAGCUGAUCCACAGUUUGGCCUCAUGAAAGCGUGGAAUGAUGAGGACUGUGAUAACGGAGGUGAUGAAUGGAAGGCAGAGAUCCAACUCACUGAGCAAGCAGUGCAGGCCAUCAACAGACUAACAUCUAAACCCAAGUUCUUUCUAUUGUGUGGAGAUCUUAUUCAUGCAAUGCCAGGGAGCCGUUGGCGAGAGGAGCAGCUGGGUGACCUGAAGCGUACUCUGAAGGGCAUCAAUCCCACUAUUCCACUGGUUUUUGUCAGCGGUAACCACGAUAUAGGAAACACUCCAACCCCGGAGAACAUCGCAGAAUACUGCAGUCACUGGGGUGACGAUUACUUCACCUUCUGGGUGGGGGGAGUCAUGUUCCUCGUGCUGAACUCACAGUUCUACUAUGAUGCUUCCCGGUGUCCCGAGCUGAAACAAGCCCACGAUCGCUGGCUCGAAGCACAACUUGCUGUGGCCGAACAAUGCAAGUGUAAACACGUGAUUGUCUUUCAGCACAUCCCGCUAUUUCUCCAGAAUGUGGAAGAAGAGAACAAUUAUUUUAACCUGGAAAAAUCAUUACGGCUGGAGAUUCUACAGAAAUUUCACAAAGCAGGUGUGAAAGCUGUCUUCUCUGGACACUACCAUAGGAACGCCGGAGGUGUGUACAAGGAUCUGGAGAUGGUGGUGACCUCUGCAAUUGGCUGCCAGUUGGGGAAAGACAAACACGGCGUGCGUGUUGUGGCGAUUACCGAGGACAAGAUUGUCCACAAGUACGUCAGCCUGGAUGAGCUAAGUGAGCUGAGCAUCAAUCAAACCAUUUCCAACCUUUUCAAAGUAGCUGAUCUGAAAGAUUUAACUAAAUGAUGCUGCAGAGAAGAGGCUGGUCUUAUCAAGGCACACUGCAUUUGUAAUGAUUAAAGAUAUUUGAGGUAGUCCAUUAUACAAUUCCACAAGUCGGCCGAGAAUCAUCACUGAGAUGCUAUGUGGGAGCUCUAAUAAAUGUACUUUACAAAAUUAA